CCGCACUAAUUAAAUGCCAUCUGGGUGGUUCCUCUGGGUUUUUGAACCCAUCACCCAGUUCAGACCGAGUCAGAGGCCAAGGAGGAGAACAUGAUGAUGGACCUUUUUGAAACUGGCUCCUAUUUCUUCUACUUGGACGGGGAAAAUGUUACUCUGCAGCCAUUAGAAGUGGCCGAGGGCUCUCCUUUGUACCCAGGGAGUGAUGGUACUUUGUCCCCCUGCCAGGACCAAAUGCCCCCGGAAGCUGGGAGCGACAGCAGCGGAGAGGAGCACGUCCUGGCGCCCCCGGGCCUGCAGCCCCCCCACUGCCCGGGCCAAUGUCUGAUCUGGGCUUGCAAGACCUGCAAGAGAAAAUCGGCCCCCACGGACCGGCGGAAAGCUGCCACCCUGCGCGAGAGGAGGCGACUAAAGAAAAUCAACGAGGCCUUCGAGGCACUGAAGCGGCGGACUGUGGCCAACCCCAACCAGAGGCUGCCCAAGGUGGAGAUUCUGCGGAGUGCCAUCAGCUACAUCGAGCGGCUGCAGGACCUGCUCCAUCAGCUGGAUCAGCAGGAAAAAAUGCAGGAGCUAGGGGUGGACCCCUUCAGCUACAGACCCAAGCAAGAGAAUCUUGAGGGUGCGGAUUUCCUGCGCACCUGCAGCUCCCAGUGGCCAAGUGUUUCGGAUCAUUCCAGGGGGCUCGUGAUAACUGCCAAGGAAGGAGGGGCAAGCAUCGAUUCGUCAGCCUCGAGUAGCCUUCGAUGCCUGUCUUCCAUCGUGGACAGUAUUUCCUCCGAGGAACGCAAACUGCCCUGCGUGGAAGAGGUGGUGGAGAAGUAGCUCGCGGCCGGAGUGUGGGAUGUCCUCCACGGCGCAGGAAGACCCCCACCCUCCCUCCUUCGCCUAAUCCUAGAGCCUGGGUCACAUUACAUUAACAUUUAGGAACGCAGACCAAGGAGUUUAUGAAAGGGAAGGAGACCUGUUCACAAAGAAACUUCUCAGAAACUGUUGUGCACGCUCAGAUGAAAAAGCCUUUCGGCUUUGGGCUUUUACUUCUGGAACCGCGAGUGGCUUAGCCCUAGCAGCCUUACUCUGUGUUUGUGUGGUUAGUUGUGUAACCUCUUCCUUUGAUUCUGGGGAUCCCUUUGUGCCAUGUUCAAAAGAAGUUCAUUCCUGUCUGAAGCCAAGUGGGAACGUUGCCUCUAAAUGUUAGUGGUAUUGAAUGUAUUUUUGUAAAUAAUCUUAGUACUUUCAUUUUUUAUGUAAACCUGAGAAAUAUUAUUUUAAAUGUGGAGUGACGGAUUGCAUAUAAAAUGUGCGAGGAUCCUGAUAUUGUAAUAUUAAAAAGUAAGUUUCUUUAUG